GAGCUCCCCUGAGUGGCUGUGGGCAGCCUAUUGCCUGGGCUUGGUCUCCGCCCUCCCCUGCGCUAGCUCUCUCAGCUGGUCUAGCGUUCCAGUUGCUCAGGAAUGUGUCGAGCCGGGUUCUGGCUGCUAGCAGGAGCCGGAGGGAGGAAGGGAAGCUGAGCGCAUGCUGCCGCUGCCGCCUGUGCUCUGCCUGAUCUCCCCCUUUUGGAUCAGUCGCUUUCUUUAAAUGAAAAAUACAAACCCUACCGAGAGCUGGUUCCCAGCAACCGCCAGAAAAUGUUCGGCCAAGUGCCCGGUGCUGGUGAAUAACUAACCCAGGACUAAAGCUUCCCUGCAAGUGGGAUUACAGGUGCUACGCUGCCGCAGGGAGCUCUCCAGGGUGCUGAAGUCCCGGCAGUUUCUCCAACAGCUCCCAAGACUGACCAAAUUUCCUUGGCACUCUUUCUGGAUCCUCCAUGACUCGGAAACGUCUGCUCUGGAGGUCGUGAAUACCUCGUAGUAACAUGGCCAAGGUUACAUACCUUCGUGCAGCUGUUUCGGGAUUUUAUCUCUGGGAAGCUGCAGUUCUACUCAGUUUGGUAGUCACAAAGGAAACAGGCAGUGCAAGAUCUCGUAGCAUGCCAAUGUCGCCAUCUGAUUUCCUGGAUAAAUUAAUGGGUAGGAUGUCAGGCUAUGAUGCAAGAAUCAGACCAAAUUUCAAAGGCCCUCCAGUUAAUGUCACAUGUAACAUAUUUAUAAACAGCUUUGGAUCCAUUGCAGAGACAACUAUGGAUUACCGAGUGAAUAUCUUUCUCCGUCAGAAUUGGAAUGAUCCACGCCUUGCAUAUAGCGAAUAUCCAGAUGACUCUUUGGAUUUAGAUCCAUCCAUGUUAGAUUCUAUUUGGAAACCUGAUUUGUUCUUUGCUAAUGAAAAAGGUGCCAACUUUCAUGAAGUUACGACAGACAACAAGUUGUUACGAAUUUUCAAAAAUGGAAAUGUUCUUUAUUCUAUCAGAUUGACUUUAAUAUUGUCCUGUCCAAUGGAUCUCAAAAACUUCCCAAUGGAUGUGCAAACAUGUAUAAUGCAGCUGGAAAGUUUUGGAUAUACAAUGAACGAUCUCAUUUUUGAAUGGCAAGAAAAGGGAGCUGUACAGGUAGCAGAAGGGCUCACUCUGCCACAGUUUCUGUUGAAAGAAGAGAAAGAUUUAUCUUAUUGCACCAAACAUUACAAUACAGGAAAGUUUACAUGCAUUGAAGUCCGAUUCCACCUUGAAAGGCAAAUGGGUUAUUAUCUCAUUCAAAUGUACAUACCGAGUCUCCUGAUUGUCAUUCUCUCCUGGGUGUCGUUUUGGAUCAAUAUGGAUGCAGCACCAGCCAGAGUGGCUUUAGGUAUAACAACUGUGCUGACCAUGACAACACAAAGUUCAGGUUCACGAGCAUCACUUCCAAAGGUUUCAUAUGUCAAAGCUAUCGACAUUUGGAUGGCAGUAUGCCUGCUCUUUGUAUUUUCUGCACUUCUGGAGUACGCAGCUGUAAAUUUUGUGUCAAGGCAACAUAAAGAGCUUCUGAGAUUCCGCCGAAAGAGGAAGAAGAACAAGGAUGAUGAGGUAAGGGAAAGUCGAUUCAGUUUUACAGCCUAUGGAAUGGGACCAUGUCUACAAGCAAAAGACAGAGUGACUCCAAAGGGGCCAAAUAAUCCCAUCCAAGCUGCACCAAAAAGCCUCGAUGAAAUGAGGAAGGUAUUCAUUGACCGAGCCAAGAAAAUUGAUACCAUUUCCAGAGCUUGCUUCCCAUUAGCCUUUCUGAUUUUCAACAUUUUUUAUUGGGUUAUCUAUAAAAUCAUUAGGCAUGAGGACAUUCACCAACAACAAGAUUAAGGCUUGUAGUACAAACUGUUGGGGUUGGCAUGUUCAGCAAGAGGUUUUCCAUUACAAAUGUGCAUACAGAUUACUGGGAUAGUUAAAAGGCACAAAGAAAAAGAUCCCAUUUGACUUGCUAUGCAGAGUCACUAUUGGGCAGAUGAAGAAUGACACUCAGUGAAGGUAUAUCUGCUAUUAUUAAGUUUCUACUUCAUACUAACUAAACAAUCAACUUUUUCAUAGUAAAAAUCACAACACUAUACUACAGCUUUACUGCCAACGUGUUUAUACAUACUUUUACAUUGUGGUACAAUUGUACAGUAUUCUUUAAAGUUCCUUACAAUUUUUUAAUUCAACUGUAUUUUUAAAAAAAUAUUACAAAAUGGGUCUAAUGUCUUAGAUGACUCCCAGAGUAACAGAUUAAAGGAGGGUCAGAAAUUUGAAUAUAAAAUUUACAAAAUUAGUAAUGAAUUACUGAUUUGAGUUUUAGAGCUCAAACACAUUUUCUUGUUUUAAUGACAAUGGGUUUUAUCAUGAGCACAGGACACAUUAUAUUAUGGGGUUCUUUUUGAAAAAAAAAAGAAAGAAAAGAAAAAAACAAAUUUACUCAUACAAAGCACUUCAUAAAUUGAUUAUGGUUCCCCUGGAGCUUAAAAAACAUGGCAAUGCAAUGCGCAAAGUAGCACCAAAUAUCUAUUGUCCAGUCUGAAGCGACCCACUGGUCAAACUUUCUGGUACUGUGCACAUCACAAUGGGAACAAGGUACUGUUUUUAAAGGAUUGUUGCCCUUAUGUACUUUUAAUUACUCACAAUCACCCUUAGGUUAAUUGAAAGAGAAAAUUUAAAAAAAAAAAAUCAAAAGGAUUAAAAGGAUGUUUCUCUCAUCAGGAAAAUGUUCAGAAACCACAGUAUUUGCGGAGACAAGCCAGACAAUUAGAAAUGACAUCAAAAUAAGUUUGUGAAAAGUGACAUUAAAAACAAAACAAAAGGGAUAAGUCACUUAGACUAUACCUAUGAUAAAAGUAACUUUUAUGAACUUUUUUGAAGCUGCUAUGGCAACAUUUCUGCACAGAUACUUCCAUUAUCAUCAGUGAAAGUUUGAUAUACAAGUACCUAAAGAUAACCAGGUCAGUCUUUUCUUAAUUUGAAUGAUUUGUUCAAUGAGAAGAUUCUGACAUGACUUCUUAGACACUGGCAGAAAAUAGUCUGUAUCUUAGAAAACACUAAGCAGUUCUUCUAAAAAUAUAUCAGGACAAUCUUUUAUUUUUACUGCACUUCAUGGUAAAAGAUAGGAUAAGAAAUUGAAAUUUUCCCUACUUAGAAUUAGAUAGAUUACAUUAAUUGCUUCUUUCAAAUUAUUACAGAAUAGAUCUUAUAUCAUUUAAAAAAAAAUAAACGUCCAGUAAAUAAUGUUGCCACUUCUCUAAUGAAAAGCAAAAAAAAAAAAGUUCUAAAACAUGGAAACCUAUAGACAGCUACAGGCAAGAGCAUACCUGAUGCUUUGAACUUGUAAUGGAAUCCAAUAGCUAAGAUAAAUUACUGAAAAGUUUGUUUUGAGCACAUUUAAAAUUUUCAGUUUGUUACAGCUCAAAGUGCAUACACAAAAGCAAAACAACUGGAGGCAAACAUCUGCAUUACUAGAGGCAUAUUGCAUAUGAACUAGUCAUAGCAACAUAUCCUUGCAUUGAAGAUUAGAACACAACAUUGGUUUUGUUUGAGGAUUAGCUAGGGGGAUUUUUAAAAGAAUGGCAAUCUGGUCAUGCUAAAUUGUCUCAAAACAAUUGCAUAACCCUUUUUAAUUUUGAAUAUGGUUCUGUUUAGGUUUUCUCCCUCCUACCCCCAGUAAUGCAUAAAAUAGAUUUAGAGCAAUUGUUUUGGGAUAUGUGUUAAAAUUUUCACAAAUGUAUUUAUAUAUCCUGUCCAGAAAAACUGAACUCAUUAAUUCUCAUGUGUGCCUGUGUGUGUGUGUGUGUGUAUUAUAUACACAAGAGUGAGAAGCUGACCAAGUGGCUUUUGUCUCCUGCAAACUAUUAAAUAUUAUACUCUCUGGAAAGAUUUGUUGGUGCAUUUCUGUGCCCAUUGUAUUCAGUGGUAAAGUGUCCCAUUUAUUUCAAGAGUAGGAUUGGGUUCAUUAUCAUGAGGCAUUCAUAAAAUGUUAUACAAUUCUCCAUGCUUGUCUUUUGUUCAUUUCUCUUUCCUAUUUAAAACAAUGAUCUUCCCCUCUAACACCAAUAAAGGAAAUCUGGAUGAAUCAGUAUAUAAAGUGUACUGGGCCAGAUCCUGCGCUGGAAUAAAUACAGUCCCUAAGACUACACCAGUUUACACCAGCUGAGGAUCUCCCAGACUUUCCAAAGAAGUCCAAUAGGCUGAAUAUUAUGCAUGCACAAGUUGGUUUUGAAAACACUUGAACAGAGCUGAAUAACACAAUUACAAAGUUAAACAUUCAAUAGUGGGAGAAUACUAAGAUUUAGAAAAGAGAUUAUCAGAUG